GCUUGCCUCUAAACGCACUGGCAGCAACCUGAACCAUCCGGAGAUGCAAGUGCCGCUGCUGCCGACUCUGAGGCAUUUGCUUCUCACCACCAUCCAUGGAUACUACCUGGAGGCUCUUGCCUGUCUGCCCAAGGACAAGCUGCGGGGCUCGCACCAGUACCACUACAGCUUGCUCCAUGCCGGCCACUGCUACGGACCGCUGGACCCUGUCUCCAACAUCAUCGUUAAUACCCUCUGGUAUGCCCAAGCCUACCCUCUAAAGCUAGAGAAAAAGAUCGACAUCGAGGUCAUCAGCACCAAAGCCCUGCUGCGAAUCGCACUCCGAUCCCUGUAUGGCCUCGUCUCCUUCCUUUGCACCCGCCACCCCACCCUCACGCUGGGUGAAGCCAUGCAACAACUGCAGCUGGCUGGGGCCUAUCUCCAAAAGGCCGAUGAUCCAAGCCAUCACGAUGGUGGUGUCGAACAAGAAGCCUACAUGGCUGCUGCCAAAGCCGCACACCACCCCAAACCUCUUGAACAGGCCCACUUCCUCGGACCAUCUAAUUCCAUGCUCAAAGACUGCUUGGAACUCCUCAACCAAAACGAAGAUGCCAAGGUCCGCACAUUAAUUCUGGGCCACUUCCAAACCAACAGCAAACCUACACAAGAAACAAAAAACACCAACGUGUUAGGCCUGCGGGCUUACAGAGAUGUAAUGAGAAUGAUAGGCAACUUCUGGUACUAGCACACCAGUGUGGUGGGAAUGGUGAAGUCUGCAAUCGAGAUGUACAACAAGAAAAGCCAGGUACAACCCAGCUAUGAGGUCCAUGUUAUCUGCGGUGUCAAUCAGGACGUGGGUGGCCGUGCGGACCCAAUGAGGCCCUUUCAACACAUUAGCCAUUGCUCCCACAUCAACUUCCUUGCCACUCAGGUUGCUGGCACUCCAAAGCUCUUCUUUGCCGAGUGUCGCAACGUCGGCUCCAAGGAGGCGGUGUUGUGCUGUCCUGUUGAUAUGCCACUUCCAGGCUCUGAGCAAGUCCGUUGCCUUUACUGUGAGUCCGGAGGGAGGACCAUGGUGCACCCGACGAAGGAGAGUUUCCUGGGGCGUGACAGAGAGUUUGAGGAGAUGUUCCGCGGCGAAGGAGACACCAGUGAUGACGUCAUGUCUCACAGCUAUUACAUAACCUUGUAUUUGGAUAAUCUGGAGGAGGACCGGAUCUACGGCGAUUACAGCUGCGACAGUGAACUCCAAGAGGAAGUGCGGUUGCUUGACAUAAAUUAAGCACAUGCAUGACCCAUCUGAUGAAAAACCACCGUCUAUUAGUAACCUGUGUCGCCAUAUUUUAUUCCAUCUAGAACCUUUAUACUCCUCCUAUAAGUCAAUUGUCCGAUCGAUGCUGAACAUUAUUGAUGCUUUUUCAUUCUGGCCAACAUAUUGCAGGUAGUGUGUGGAUUGUUUGUUCU